CGAAGCGUGUUCAUGCAAACUUUCCCGUCAAAUUUUGUUGCCAUCUUCACACGGUUUGUUUUGAUCACACUCGCCAUCAUGUGGUGGCGUUAGGUUGUUUAUAAAUAGGUAUAGUAAGCACCACAAACGAAUAAUCAUCAAAAAAUGUUAUCUCCUCCAAAAGACCAGACACAGCUGAGCAUGUUUACUAUUGGGAACUUCUUCUAAUCAUUUCAAGUAGGAAGCUGUAAGUGGUUAGAAGCUUUAAUUUUGUGUCUUCGUCACAAUUUUGUCAUUUUUCAAUGAACGUUAACUGUCUUCCAAACGAGGUAUUGUGUCGAAUCUUCGAUCUAUUACUAUGGAGCGACCAGAAACGUGUUUCCCUAGUAUGUUGUCGAUGGAACGAUAUCAUCAAUUCGGAUCGCUAUUUACGGCAGAAAAAACUGGUGCUGUACAAUUACACGAAGGUUCAAUUUUUCUCUGGUGUCGAUGUGCAAAUGUUGAACAAACAACGCAAUAUCGAGUUUCACUCCAGUGCCAUGCUCGACACAGAAGAGCUUCUAAGCACCGUUGCAGAGGCACUUCCGAAUGCGGAAUCUCUUGUGGAAUGUGUUGAUAUGUUUCUUCGAUCUGACCACGAGCAGCUCUUCGAAGUGGUGAUAAGAAACCUUCCGAAUUUGAAGCAUCUUAAACGCUUGAAUAUUCUUGCAAAUGAAGGUUUCAAAACGUUCAGUAACGGACUCGUCAUCAAAAGCGAAACGCUGAGGAAACUAAAACUGACCUUCUAUCAGAACACCACUUGUCAACUAUUUGCUCCUAGUUUAACGUCUUUAGAUCUUGUUGUUCGAUAUCCAAGUGAUAUCAAUCUUUUGCGAUCUGUUUGUAGACAGUUAAAGGAUUUGAAGAUUAACUUUCACUCGAAAGAUUCAGUUGCCCAACUGUUUUUAUGCAGUUUCGAAAAACUGGAAUCGCUUCAUCUCGCUAUUGAAAAUGACAAAUACCUACCAUAUACCUUAUCACCAACUGUCGUUAACAGUUGGAAUGAAAUACGAGAUUUUAUCGAUUCCAUGAAAGAUUUGAAAAAGCUGGAAGUUGUAGACAAGUGCAACAUGCUUCGUCACAAUUAUUUGAAAGUAUUUGUCAAUGCUGAAAAACUAACUCACUUAAGCGUAAACUACAUAAUCCUGGACAGUACCAUGGUUGAAUUCAUAUCCAGUUUUAGAGAACUACAAUACCUGAACCUACAAGGAUGUUCAACGGGUGGAGGAUCAAUAUCCCUCAACUUACCACAACUGAGCGAGCUACUCAUGCCCUAUAAACAUUAUUCGACGCUGCCUUGCACCACUUUGAGGAAUUUGACAACUCUUUCGUAUAGCAGUUCACAAAAGAACCAUGCCAUGUACAUUCAGCAAAUAUCAAGAACCUUUAAAAACUUGAAAACACUCAAUCUGCUAAACUUCGAUUAUGAGCUCUCUCCCGAUUCCUUCGACUGCCUCGAUCAGCUUCCAGAACUGAGCUCACUGACUAUCAGAGAUAUGUCUAUUUCGAAUAAACUUUUUCUCUGUUGUCCAAAGCUUUCAAUUUUGAAAAAUCUCUCGUUGACAACUGUUGUCACUGAAAUUUCACUUCUUGACACCUUCCCCGAAAAAUGUCCCAAUUUGUACAGACUCAACAUCGACAACUGUUUUUUCUAUAUUAUAAGUAAUUCAGCUUCUCAAACGAAUCCGUUCACAUUUGAGCUGCUGAGGGUUAAAAUGCCUCGAUGUCAUGUAUCAACGGUGGACUCGACUGUGUUCACCAACGAACAGUACGACCAAAGUCCCAUCUAUAUACCCGGCUAAUGUAUGUGAUAUAAUCGAUUAAAGAUUUUUUUUUGCGAUUUUAUAUUUCGGUCUAAGUAAAAAUUAAGAUGAUAAUAUAACUUGCAUUAAAUAAACGUUACAAGAAGUGUUCGAAUUUUCAAAUCAA